AUCAUCAAUAAUAAUUAUAUUAAUUAUUAAACUGAAUUGUUAUAAACAUAAUGUGCAAUAAAUUAGUGCUGAUUUAUGGAUAUUUUAUGAAAAAUUAAUGGACAUUGUCGAUGCUGUCAAAGCUAAAAAAAAAAAUAUUAAUUUGUUAAAAAAUGGACAAAUGAUAACAAGAAGUGUUGCUGAAUUAUUUUAUGUACAAAUGUAAUCCAUCAAACACAAUCAUUGAGAUAAAAAAAAAUAAAAAAUGGCUAAAUUGGCUUGUUAUUUACAAUAACAAAUAAAAAAAUAAAUAAACAAUUGGUCUAUUUGAAUAAUAAAUUACAAUAUCUUCAUUAUUGAAUGGUUAACUAAAUAUUGAAGCAAAAAAAAAUAUUGAUAAUAAAAUCAGAAGAGACAUUAUUUUUAUUAAACAAAUAAUAUUGAUAGUGAAAAUUAUAAAUAUUGUGAAUACUGUUGAAAAUAAAAUUUAUAAAACAUGCCGGUUUUUCUAGAAUCUUGUAGUGAGCAAAGUCAAGCACAAUCUGUUAUUAUCAUUCAUCCAGGUUCACGAAAUUUGAGAAUGGGACGUGCCUCAGAUUUAAAUCCUGUAACAGUAUUAAAUGCAAUUGCCAGAAGAGUAUUACCACAUGGAAAAAUGCACAGAGAUCCUUUUCUACCACCACUUGUUCCAAGGACGAAAGAAUUAACUCAAGCAAUGGAAGAAUCACGUCUUCAAGUAUCCCACACGCUGCAGUCAUGUUUACAAUCAGAUGGUAGACGAAGAUAUGCAACACCACCACAACAAAUAUCUGCAUUUAAUAGACGAUCAAAUCCCGAUAUUUUAUCACCAUAUAUGAACAACUGGACACAAACAGAUGAAGAUGUAAUUGUUGGUGAUGACGUACUAAAUAUAAAUCCAUCUGAAAAUUAUAAUAUUCAUUUUCCAUAUCGACGUGGUGAGCUAAAUGUUCAUUCAGGACCUGGUGGUAGUCUAAAAGCUGUUUUAGCUGAUUUACAAAAAAUUUGGGAAUUUGUUUUAAUUAAUAAAAUGUCUAUUGAACUUAAAGACUUGAAACAUUAUCGUGCUGUACUUGUUAUACCAGAUAUUUAUAAUAGACAUUAUCUCAAAGAAUUAACAACAUUAUUGCUGACGGAAAUUGGAUUUGGUGGGUGUUUUUUAAUACAGGAUCAUGUUGCUGCUACAUUUGGUGCUGGUUUGGGUUAUGCAUGUGUUGUUGAUGUUGGUGAUCAAAAAACAUCAGUGUCUUGUGUUGAAGAUGGUAUUUCUCAUAGAAAUACAAGAGUAAGAAUUGAUUAUGGUGGUGGUGAUAUAACACAAACAUUUUAUUGGCUACUUCAAAAAUGUGCAUUUCCAUAUAAAAGCUGUAAUUUAUCAAAUCAUUUGGAUGCAUUAUUGAUAAGUCAAUUGAAAGAAGAUUCUUGUCAUGUUGAUUUAAAUGUUUGUGGAUCAAAAGAAAAAGUAAUAUCUGUUAAAAAACCAAAAACACCAAUUGAAAGAUAUACUCUUCAAGUUGGUGAUGAGUGUUUGGUAGCACCACUCAGUUUAUUUCAACCAGAAUUAUUUAAAAUCACAGGAACACACAAUUUACAUGUACAAAAACGUUAUGUAGGAGAUUCAGAAGAUCCUCAUGAUGAAAAUUAUCUUCGUGAAACAAGUAGAAGAGGCCCAAAAGAAAAUCUUGAACAAACACUUGAGCUUCAAGAAGAGUCUGUUACAUCAGCAGUAACAGCAGACGAUGAAGUUGUCGUUGAUAAUGUUGAUUCAACACCAAAUACUCUUGCCAAUCGUGAUCAAGAUGUACCAAGAGAUUUUGUUGUUGGUCCUCAACAAAUUUUAGGACUUGAUCAUGCUGUUUUACAAAGCAUUGAUCGAUGUCCAACAGAUGAAUUAAAACGUAAAAUGUACAGUUGCGUACUAAUUGUUGGAUCUGGAAUGAAAUUUCAAGGUAUUGGAACGUGGCUUCACAAUCGUAUAUCACUGCAGAUACCUUACAUGUACAGAGCAGAACAAUUGGAUAUAAUAACAGCACCAAAAGAAAUGGAUCCAGGUAUGACUGUUUGGAAAGGUGCUGCAAUAUCUAGUUGUCUUGAAUCAGCUCAAGAACUCUGGAUUGCAAAAGAAGAAUGGCAACAAUACGGUGUCAGAGUUCUUAGAGAACGUGCUGUAUUUAUGUGGUGAUUCAACUUCAUCAUUUGUAGAAGAUCCUGUAAACGCAUUUUGGUUCUGUCAUCACGAUGAUAACUUCCAAUAUCAGCUUCAGCAAGAAAAUGAGCACAAAUUGCUAGUUCUGGAGAAAAAUAUGAAGAAGUUUAAUUAACUUACACCGAGAAAUUCUUGAAAUUCUGGAGAACUUGGAAACACUUUAUCAACAACUGCUUUCUAAAAUUCAAAAAAAAUCAUCAAUUGUCAUCUCAAUGGAAUCAUAAAUAUCAAAAGCCAAAUCCAGUAUAAAAAUCUACUCUGCCAAAUACAUCAUUGAUAUUGAAAAAUGGAUUUUUAAGUCACAACAACACCGAGGAAAAAAAAAAUCAAAACAUCAACAACUCAAGGAGCAAAUGAACAUCUUGGUGAUAAUAAUUGGUUCAAACAUACAGUAUGGGAUGUUAUAAUCUCAAUUCAAAUUUGGAGAGAAAGGGCAGGCUUUUGCAAUUGUCGUGGAUCCCUGCGGGUGGACUAUGCUUCCAUGAAAAUAUAUAUAAAUAUCAAAAUAUGCAGCAUAGCUGGUACCUGAUGAAUAUAUACAGUGAAAAACCAAGCCAAAUAAUUCGAGAUGCAUUGAGUCUGAGCUUCAGAUGAAAUACAAUAUAGUCUGGAUGUAUAGUCGGAUAAACUACUCAUCUCAAAAAGCCGAAAGUCGAUCGUGGUAAUCGGGGAUGAGAGUGAGUAAUCGUGCCUCAAGAGGAUACAUCUCGUAUAUAAACACACGUGUCAUCGUUGGGAAAUAUAUGCUGAAAAAUUAAUGAUGAAAAAAGAAAGAAGCCAUGUAUAAUCAACCAAAAUUAUGUGUAUAUACAUUUUGUAAGACCAUUGAUUCACUGCCGAAAAGUCAUCAUCAUUAAUUUUGUGACUUUAAGGUGGAUCCAUAAUCAAAAUAUUUAAUUGAAUACAAUCAUAAUGAUGAGACCAGUGGCAAUGCAAACGAGAAUUCCAAGGGGAUAGCUGGCAUAAUAUGUAUAUAAUUGUAUAUAUAUAUGUAUUUGAAGAUUGCGUGUAAUGCAGUGUAAAGGUGAUGGAAAUAAGAGUUGAGUAGAAGAGGGAGAGAAGAGUCCCCAGGGUAAACUGACUUUCACCUGCCAUAAUCAGGGCACAAAUUGGUGGGGGCCGUUAGCCAGUCUCACCCGGAGGCACUCUGUGAUCUUUAGACGCUAAUCAGGACCUCUCGCGCCCCGGCAUGACAAUUAUCUCGAUGCAGAAAAAACACGCGACUUUUCAUUCAAACGGCUGUAUAUCAACUUCAUGGAAAUUCUUGUUUGGAAGUAAUGAGUGAUAAUGCUGAAGAGGGUAAUGCUGCUGAACCAGCACCAGAUGAUUAUACGAUUGCUGAAGCAGGUCAACCAGUGGAGCCGGAUAUAGGACCGACAGUUGAGAUUGAAGAUCUGGAGGUGGAACCUUUCACGCCAGAAUACGAAAAUCCCUCUCACCAUGUCAGAUUUCAGUCGCAUUCCAAGAGAUAUUCGUGGACUGCACUUGGAAAUGACCAGAUUGAUGAAAAUAAAAAUAAAAUUCACAGCACUAAAUUUACCCAGACGUUCUUCAAGUAUAUGAAAAAUUUAUCAAAUAAAAGAUUUUUAGAAAUAAUUAAUAUGAAAAUUGAUCAUGAAAAUAAUAAUACAAUUUUUUAUCGAGCAUCAACGGAAUAUUUACUUGAAGAUUUUCGUUUAAGCAAAACAGAAAUUCAUUGAUAAAAUGAUAAAAAAACUUGCAGCACCACCUGUUAAUAUUUAACGGUAAACUUUUUACUCAGCUUUUGCUAGCUUUUUUUAAAUUAACCCCAGUUGGUCGAUAAUAUUUUCCGGGACAACUUACCCUCAGUUGCAACCCCUAAAAAAGAAUAUUUUUCUAUUACAGAAAAGGAGAGAAAAAAUUCUAGAUUACUAUUUUAUCAAAUACAAAAUAAUUUGUAAAUAAAUAAACAACAUUUUACAUUUUUUUUUUUUUGUCACUUACAAUAUGUAUAUUAUUAUCGAGUUUAUUAAAGAUUAAUUAAUACGAUAUUAAGUAUCAUAUAUAAUUGUGCAUUGUAGUUUAUCAUAUACAAAAUGUUAUGCUUAUUAUUUGACAUAACAAUUCAUGUAUUUAAAUAUUGUAGUAUUAGCAAUUUAAUUUAUUUUAAAUAUUCUUAUUAAUUAAAUUUCGUUUUUUAUUUAUUUUUUGUUUCUUUUUCGUCGAAUUAAAGAUCGACUCUACGUGACCUUGAU